UCAAGUACCCAAUAUUUAAUCAGUUUAACAGCCAGUUGCACACAGUUCAUCAUGUGUCCUAACAUAACAUGUCUCUGCUGUUGUAGGUUUUCUCCAGUCUGUUUCCGUGAAGCUCUGUGUGUUCCUCUGCAUGUGCGGUUCAGAGGUGAGCUGCACCACUGCUCUGAUUUGGUAAUGUGGAAUUUCCACGUAUUGAUGCGUAAGCAUUGUGUGAAUGGGACCUGUCCAUAAGAGACAGAGAAACACAGAGAACAGCUGAACGCUGGUCAUAUAUCCCGUGCUCUCUGAAUCUGUGAAGAGAUUGCUGACAGAGGUAGUCAUCAUCAUCAUCAUCAUCAUCAUCAUGAUCAUCAAUAGGCAGUGUCUCUUUGAUUUCAGCACAUGGAUUGUCAUGUUUUCCCUGAGAUUAUUCCUGACCUCUGCGCUGCCUCUGAAGGACAGUUGUGUGCUUGUGGGUCCAGAGAUCCCGGAUUAUCGAGUUCAAGGUGAAGCAGUUAUCAUCAGAUUCCCUUUUCUUGAAGAUGCGAUUAAUUACAGGAGACUGCGAGUGGACAACAGCUCAAGCUUCCAUGUCCAUCACCGCAGCCUGAGGAGUGAGAGGAUUGAAGGAGUGAUGCUGAGCGAGCGCAGGAUCCUGCUGCUCCCGUCUCACCCCUCACACUCGGGGACAUACACCUACAUCUUCAGGAGCAACACGUUCUGCCUCACUGGAAGUAUUACAGUAAUGAUCUACGAGGAAGAAGAGCCCAACAUUACUGUGAUGCCCUACACCGCACGCGCAGGAGAAGAUACAGAGAUCGUCUGUCCACAUUUAAAAUAUUUCAAAAGAUCAGAAAGUCCAAAGUGGUACAAGGAUUUUCAGAGCACAGCUCUCCCUAUCAGCAAAGGACAGUAUACAGUCAAGAGAGACAUAAUUCUGUCCAUCAAAAACAUCUCUGUGAAAGACGAGGGCUUCUACACUUGUAGGCUAAGUGUGAUUUUCAACAAUACCCAGUAUAACGUGAGCAGGACCUGGAGAGUUCAAGUGACAAUCCCAGUAUCAGAAGCGGUCACCUCUAACAGUCUCAGUGCUUUCACAUCAUCAAGUCAUCCAUUCCCUUACAUUGUCUUUCCUGCUAAUGGAUCUUUCAUUGAAAGUCAUUUUGGUGCUCGUUUGGUGAUCCAGUGCAUGGUGUCUGUUGGAAACCAGCAAGCUCAGUCCACAAUUGUGACAUGGAUGGUUAAUGACCAGCCAAUUGAAAACUCUUACCUGGGUGGACGGGCUUUUCAGACAGAUAAGAGUCUCUCAGGCAAGCAUCUGGAGGUGCAGCUGGUUAUCUUUGAGCUUAUGGAAGAGGACAAUGGGACAGAAUUGAAAUGCAUAUGUCAAAAUGAAGACCAGAAACAGGAAGUUAUCACUCGAAUCAAACUUGAAGGCUCUGAGUCUGUGUGGUUGGUGGGAGCUGCAGCAUCCUCAUGUUUUAUUCUAGUGGUGUGUGUUUUUGCAUACCAUUUGUGCCAAAGGCCACAGAAACCAAGGGACUAUGUUCUGGCUCGACAGGACAGCACCAUAUGAAGAUGGCUUCUACUUUACAUCUUCAACAGUACACCGAUCUUCAUCAUGUUUUAGUUACUUUGAUCUUUUGUGUUGAAUUGGUCUUUUGUUUUAAAUUUGUUUUCCUAGAUUUUGCCUCACAGUUCUCUCUCAAAAUGUUUUGGGUGUUUCUUGUUUCUUGCAAUCAUUACUCCCACAUACACAGGCACAUAUUUUUAGCAUUUGUUUGGUCUCUUCUGUUUGUAAAUUGGCAAGACUUGGUUCCUUGUAUUUUGCUUUAAAAUAAAGCAGAACUUGGAUCCAUAUAACUUCUGUUUUUGGGCUAUUAGUAGAACAUCUGUGCAGACUUCAGUUCUCAUCUUUUUUUGUGAAAAAAUUCUUAUAUGACAAAAUAUGGAAAAUUUGAUCAGAUGUUAGCAUGAUGUUAACAUCUGAUUUGGCCAUUAUUUGAUAUAUCUACAGCAGCCUGCCCCAUUAUUUCAGACAUAUAACACAUACUAUGACUCUUCCUCAGUUCCAAUCAUGUAAGUCAAGUUUAUUGUUCCGGUCCCACUUUAUAUUAAGUGGCCUUAACUACUAUGUACUUACAUAAAAAAAAAAAAAAAAAACAGUACAAUGUACUUAUUGUGUUCAAAUUGUAUUGUAAAACACUUUUGCUGCUAUUGAGGUGGGAUAGGGGUAAAGUAUGGGUCAACAGUGUAAUUAUAAAUGUAAUUACAGAAAUUAAAUACAGAUGUAAUUACAUGUAGUUUUUUUUUUUUAAAUAUAAGUACAAUGUAAAAACAUGUAUGUACACAAUAAUUACAUUGUACUAAAUUAUUAAUUAAAAUGUAAGUACAUAGUAGUUAAGUCCACUUAAUAUAAAGUGGAUCCAUUGUUCCUGUUGUUUAGUGGCAGAGCAUUGCAUUAGCAGUGCGAAAGGUUGUGGGUUCCAUCCCCAUGUAACACACAUACUGGUAAAAAAAAAGAAAAAGAAAAAAAAGUAUGGCCUAAAUACACUCUUAUGUCGCUUUGGAUAAAAGUGUCUGAUAAAUGUUUAUCUUGUUGGUGUUUUUCACAAUAAAUAUUGUUUCUAAUCUUUUUGUA